GCCGUGCUGUUCUGGGAUCAGCCCAGGCAGCUCCCCCACCCCCGUCCUGCGCCUGCUCCGGGCGCCCCACCCUGCAGAGGAGGCGGCGCCUCCGACAGGAAACCCGGGCGGGGCGGGGCUGGCCUUGCAGCCGGGAGCGCGUGGCCGCCGGGGCGCUAUCUUGGCUGGUGGCUCUGGAACGAUGUGUUGUGAAGUCAACAGGAGGUUCUUGCUGCUUUACGCAUCCCAGAAGGGGCAGGCAAAAGCUAUAGCCGAAGAAAUUUGCCAGCAAGCAAAGGAGCGUGGAUUCAACGCUGAUAUUCACUGCAUCAGUGAGUCAGACAAGUACAACUUGAUUAGUCAAAAGGACCCUGUGGUUAUUGUCACUUCCACAACAGGUGAUGGAGAGCCGCCAGACACAGCGGUCAAGUUUGUGAAGGAAAUUAAUGACAAAACUCUGCCCCUGAAUCACUUUUCCCACUUACGAUAUGGAUUACUUGGUCUGGGAGACUCAGAAUACACGUUCUUCUGCAACGGGGGGAAGCUAUUAGAUAAACGGUUUCAGGAACUCGGAGCACAGCGUUUUUAUGAAACGGGGCUUGCUGAUGACGCUGUAGGUUUGGAGCUGGUGGUCGAUCCGUGGAUCACUGGACUGUGGGCUGCCCUCAACCGAGAGUUUGUGUCAAGGAGAGAAGACCUGCACCGGUCUGACAAGACUGCAUCAAGCAUAGACUGCAAAAUAGAGCAGUUAAAACUAGAAGAUCCGGCAGCCAAAAACAGCGGUUCAUCUGAAAAUGGAGGAAAGGUUGACCCCGUGCCUCCCAGCCAAGACUCUCAGCCGUCCCUUUCCCAAUCGGUUCCUCCUCUUUCCCAGUCUGCUCUUAAUAUACCUGCUUUGCCACCAGAAUACCUCGAAGUGGAACUACAAGAAAGCGUCAGUCAGGAAAGUUCUCCUAUGGAGGUUAUCCUGCCUCUCGGUUCAGAGAGCCCCCCUUUUCAAGUUCCUGUCUUGCGAGCUGUGCAGCUGACGAGGGCCGAUGCAGUGAAAACCACUUUGCUGCUAGAACUUGAUAUUUCUGAGACAACUUUCAGCUACCAACCUGGUGAUGCCUUUAAUGUCAUUUGCCCCAACUCUGCCAGUGAGGUCGAUGAGCUCCUUCGCCUUUUGGGACUUUCAGAAAAGAAAGAGCACAGUGUUUGCUUGAAGGUUAAGCCCGGCACUAAAAAGAAAGGAGCAGAUGUGCCACGGCAUAUACCGGAAAAAAGUUCUGUGAAUUUCAUUCUGACAUGGUGUCUGGAAAUAAGAACAGUUCCUAAAAAGGCAUUUUUACGCUCCCUGGCAGAGUAUGCGGCUGACUUUGGAGCCAAAAGGAGACUUCAAGAGCUGUGCAGCAAACAGGGGGCCUCUGACUACAACACUUUCGUCAGAGAUGCGAGGGUCUGCCUGCUAGAUCUGCUGCGUGCCUUCCCAGCCUGCAAGCCUCCGUUUAGCCUGCUGAUUGAGCACCUUCCCAAAUUACAAGCCAGACCCUACUCUGCUGCAAGCUCCAGUUUGUUUCACCCGGGAAAGACGCGUUUCGUCUUCAAUGUUCUGCAGUUUCCAUCCCAUCUAGGUGAGCGGCGAAGAGGCGUUUGUACUGGCUGGCUGGCUGGGCAAGUUGCCCCCCUGCUUCAGAAGACGAUGGAGGACCAGAAAUCCUCCAGGCCAAAGAUCUCCAUAUCUUCUCGGCUGAUCAACACUUUCCACUUGCCGGAUGAUCCCUCAGUUCCUUUCGUCAUGGUGGGCCCAGGAACUGGGAUUGCUCCAUUCAUGGGCUUCUUACAACAUCGAGAGAAGCUUCAGGAAGACCACAAAGAAUGGACUUUUGGAGAGACGUGGCUGUUUUUCGGCUGCCGCUCAAAGGACAAAGAUUACUUGUUCCAAGAUGAGCUCCUGCACUUUGUUGAGCACGGCACUUUGACUCACCUGAAGGUUUCUUUCUCGAGAGACCCUCCAGCUGCUCCGAAAUAUGUGCAAGACCAUCUUCGACUUUAUUCGAAAGACGUUACCAGGAUUCUGCUGGAGCAGAGAGGAUAUUUGUACGUGUGCGGGGAUGCGAAGAACAUGGCUAAAGAGGUGAACGAUACAUUAGCGGAUAUCUUAAUCUCUGAGAGAGGAGACGAUAAACUGGGAGCACUGAAAACAUUGGCUACGUUAAGAGAUGAGAAGAGAUACCUGCAGGACAUCUGGGCCUAAGAAUCAGAACCGCCGUUGUGCUCUCUCUCAAGUUGGCAGUGUUGAUCUAGGCUGAGGCAGCUUGUGGUCUUCAGUUACAGCUCUUUCAAUCGUCACCUCCUUUAAACCACAACCUUUGAUUUGUACCCUGACACUUAUUUUGUCUCAUCUGCUACUUGGAGCCCCGUCGUGUCCCAGUUAAAAAUAUUCAUGCCUGCACAAUUCAGAGGCGUUUUUGCACAAGCGUUCUUCACAAAGAAACCUCGGGGACGGCAGUUUUUCCCACAAUGUUUUUUUUCGUGAUAAAGAUUUAAAAUUUGUGAUCGGGGCCUUUUUACAUAUAGACACUUCCUGCAUUGGAAGAUGAAUUGGUUUAAGGCUGAAGAACUUGAGGAAAUAUCUAGUCCCCCACAUGUUGGUGUUUCUCCUGCAGUGAUUUGGCUGAGUGCCUUUGUGAUAUAUUGAAGCUAUGGAGCUGAAGUCAAGCUAUCUGAGGCCCCUUCCGCACACGCAAAAUAAUGCGUUUUCAAACCACUUUCACAACUGUUUGCCAGUGGAUUUUGCUAUUCCGCACAGCUUCAAAGAGCACUGAAAGCAAUUUGAAAGUGCAUUAUUCUGCAUGUGCGGAAGGAGCCUGAGAGAGUUUGUGAAAGACCAUCUUCACUUUCUUCCCCAGCAGAACCUGAAAAACCUUCGCUGAGGGUUGGGAAAUUCCUCCAAAACAAAUAAAACAAAAACAAAACAAAAAGGACAUAAUAUGGGAAGGGGGAUAUUGCUGACCAAUCCCCUGUUUGUACAGUCCCUAAUGCAUGCCAAUGUUUUGGAAGGUCCCCAUCCCCGCUCCCCAGCUACUCAGAAAGGGGCUGCUAGAGUAAGAAGGGAGUAGGAAAGAUUUUUUGUGUGUACUUGCUUGAUUUUGUAGGAGACUGGAUCUAGCCCAGUGGUGGCGAACCUGUGGCACGGGUGCCAGAGGUGGCACUCAGAGUCCUUUCUGUGGGCACACGUGCACAGAGUUCAUCAUGUGGGAGGGGGUUGGAAAAUCACCCCUCCAAA